CACAACCAUGCCUCCCAAAGGCUGGCGCAAAGCCGCCCACGACCCCGUCGCAACCCAAACCCUCGUCCUGGACAACGGCGCAUACACCCUCAAAGCCGGCUUCGCUUCCGCCGCCGCUGCUCCUACCUACGACGACUGCAAGAUAAUCCCCAAUUGCAUUGCGAAAGGCCGCGACAAACGCGUCUACAUCGCGUCCGACCUCGAUAAAUGCACAAACUUUGGCGAAAUGGCGUUUCGGCGUCCGGUCGAGCGCGGGUUCAUCGUGAACUGGGAGGCGGAGAAGGCGAUUUGGGAGCAUGAGUUUUCGGAGGGAAAGGAGGGGCUGAGGUGUGAUCCGAAAGAGACGAACCUGGUGCUUGCGGAGGCGCCGAAUUGCCCGGUGCAGCUGCAGAAGAAUUGCGAUGAGAUGGUGUUUGAGGAGUUUGAGUUUGCGACGUAUUAUAGGAGUAUAGGUCCGGCUCUGAACGCUUAUAACGACAUCCCCUCCCUCUUCUCCGACUCCGCUCCUCCAGAUACCUCGCCCCUCCCCCCGGAGUGCCUCCUCCUAAUCGACAGCUCCUACUCCCACACGACCAUCACUCCCCUCUAUAAUGGUCGCCCCAUCCACUUGGCCAUCCGCCGCAUGUCCGUCGGCGGGAAGCUCCUCACAAACUACCUCAAAGAGCUCUCCUCCACCCGCCACAUCAACAUGCUCGACGAAACAUACCUCCUCAACGAGAUCAAAGAAGCCGUCUCCUUCGUCUCGCCCUCAUUCAAGACGGAUCUCGAGCGCACGUGGAAAGGCGGGCUUUCAGAUCGCCGCGAAGUCGACCCUUCAAUCGUCCUCGACUACGUCUUGCCGAACUACGAGCAUAGCGCCCAUGGCUUCGCACGGCCGCAUGACCCGAUCAAGGCGCGCCGCAAACUGCUUCAGCCGCUCGACGGGCCCCGUGAGGACAUCCUCCCAGUCGGCAACGAGCGCUUUGCGGUUCCGGAGCUGCUAUUCACGCCGACGGAUAUCGGGCUGCAGGAAGCUGGGCUGCCAGAAGCUAUAAUGCAAAGCUUAUCCGUCCUCCCAGCGGCGCUGCAGGCUGGGAUGCUGGCGAAUAUCGUGGUGGUAGGGGGCAAUUCGCUGAUCAAGGGGUUCAUGGAGAGGCUCGAAACCGACCUCCGCCAACUCACCCCCACAAACAUCCCUCUCCGCAUCGCCCGCGCCCCGGACCCAAUCAAACACACCUGGCUCGGCGGCGCGCGGCUGGCCCACGACCGCGACCUCCUCCGCGGCGUCGUCGUGACGCGCGCGCAGUAUCAGGAGCAUGGCUCGACGUGGCUAGGGAGGUGGUUCGCGGGGGGCGACGCACUGAAGGGGAAGUGAGGCCCCCCCCCGCUUAGGUAGAUUUGGAUAGUUAUAUACCCGUUUUUCGUCUUGAGCUCGAUGGCUCAUAUGCUGUGAUUUUAGUACCUAUUUGGGAUAUUAAUAACGUGGGGGUCUGAAUUGGGCAAGGGCUAAAGCGUGAGGCUGUGAGGUGGUGAGAUGGAGAUCAGGUCAAAAGAGCCAUGUUUAGGUGGCGAUUUGGGAUAUUGACCCGGUGUAAUGUUCGGAACGCUCGAAAUUGGGUCGGAGGAAAAGGGUAAAUUACAGUAACUACGCUGAGAAGCAUAAACGAGAGCCAGUCCGUGCGAUCUAAGCCC